AUGGAUGAAGAAAGCGACGAUAAUUUCUCUCUCUCUUUCUCUCUCUCUCUCUCUCUCUCUCACUCACUCACUCACUCACUUUCCUUCUCUCUUUCUCUCGCUCUCUCUCUCUCUCUGUCUCUCUCACUGUUGAUUACUAAAUCCACCUGGUCGGGGGUCUCUCUCUCUCUCUCUCUUUCUCUCUCUCUCUCUCUCUUUCUCUCUCUCUCUUUCUCUCUCUCUCUCUCUCUCUAUGUCACAGUACGGUCCUCCAUUUUAUGCCUUUCACGUCUUAAUUUCUCCUUCUUUCUUUUCCUCCUUCCUUCCUUCUUUUCCUCCUUCCUUCCUUCCCUCCCUCCCUUCCUCCUCCUCCCUCCUUCCUUCUUCCUCCCUCCCUUCCUUCCUUCCUCCCUUCCUCCUCCUCCUUCCUUCCUCCCUCCCUCCCCUCCCUUCCUUCCUCCUCCUUCCUUCCCCUCCUCCCUCUCCCUUCCUUCCUUCCUUCCUUCCUUCCUUCCUUCCUUCCUUCCCUUCCUUCCUUCUUCCUCCUCCUCCCUUCCUUCCUUCCUCCUCCCUUCCUUCCUUCCUUCCUUCCUUCCUUCCUUCCUUCCUUCCUUCUUCAUUUGUUCUUUUCUUUUCCAUACCCUUUCAACUUUUUCCUACCAUUGUUACUCCUCUGUUCAUUUCUGUUUUUCUUUCUUACUUCUGAUUUCUUCCUUUUCUUUUCCCCUUCUCCUUUCCGCCUCCCCAUGCUUCUCUUCUUCUUCUUCUUCUUCUUCGCUAUCAUGUUCCGUGGUUUUUUCCUUCAUCGCAAUGUCUUGCCUUGUUCCAGCAGCAUCGCUAUAUAACACAACAUACGAACUUUAUUUAGAUGGCUUUAACCAGUAA